AUGCUGCCGCCCAAGGUGGAGCACUUUGUGAACCCGCGGGAUGCCUGGUGCGCCUGGGGCAUCUGGUGGGCCCUGCUGGCCUUGUACCUGGUGUAUGCAGCCUUCAGCACAGCAAACCUUCUCGAGGAGCUCAAGACGUGCGAGAAGGUGGAGACUGAGGAGAAGAUCAUGCCCCUUCCUCAUCCCUCCUUCGACGUGUGUGAGACCUCCUCCCUCAGCAAGGAGCUCUCGCUGCUUCCCUUCGUGAGGGUGAAGUUGGAGACAGGUUGGUUCAGCAAGGACGGUUUGGAGGGAUGGCCAGAUGAGCCAGUGGCAGCGUCGGAGCCCUAUGCAUUUGAUGAUGAGUUCACCUGCAAGCGCUACACCUUUGUCAGCCGUGCUCCGAAAGCUGCGUCCGUGACGUACUACACGUUUUUUGUGGGUGUGCAGGAACCGGUCCCCGAACAGCUCUACCGCAUCGACGGCAGAUACAUAGCAGGCCUUAUGUUCCGCCCAUCCCUGUCAGCCAAUGCCACCAACUCCUUCGCGAUGCAGGAAGAGAGAAUGCUCCGCAUGUACGUGCCCAGCUGGAAGGUCCCUGGCUACCGGCACGUGACCCUCUCCGCCACCCCGGCUCUUGCCAAGUGGCAGGAUACCAUCGGGGGCCGCAUGGGCGCGCCCUGUGAGGACACCUUCUACUUUGCGGACAUGAAGCUGGUCCCGGGGCCGUUGCAGCUGACCUCCGGAAAUCGCACGGGGAAUCUCACGUCCAACCGGUACACGUUGAAGAUGGCGUUGGAUCUGCCACACCGGACGGUCGAAGUGAAUACUCACGUGAACGACGUUGUGAAGUCGGGGCUGAACUGGAUCGGGCAGCUGGCGGCGGCCACUGCCAUCUUCAAGCUGGUGGCCACCUUGUUCCCAUCCAUUGAGAAGGACAGCCUGCGUCUGUUCAUGCAGCUUCCCUGGCUGGGACUGGGCUGGAAGGACUCCGAACUGGAUCCUUUGAUGCCCUGCACCUUCCGCACGUUCCUGGUGGCCGUUCAUUCGGCUCACCAGCACCGGACCUUCAACCAACGCGUGCAGACCCCGGAGGUGCGCCUGGACAUCUGCGAACUCCAGGUUCUGGCGGAGAGGCUGAACUAUUCCCUGCUAGAGCACCUGCGCAUUGAUCGGGAGCUGGAGUUCAUGUUGCCGAAUGGCACCGAGAUCAACCACCACGAUAGUCUGAAUGCGACCAGCUUGGCAGCAGUUGACAUCAACAACUUUCGGUGCAUCCGGGUCCACAGUAUGCAACAGGUCCCUCAGGAGUCAGUUCUGCCCUACCACCGCUGGUGGCUGUCCCUCGAGGGGCCGAUCCACCCUGAGCUGCAGCGGAACAACUUCAGCUAUGUGAGCGGCCUUUUUGCGCGGCCGUCGCUGGCCGAGAACGCAAGCCACCCAGUGUCGCUGAAGGAGGAGCAUUUCUUGAAGCUGUGGGUGCCCUUUCUGGCAGAGGACCGGUGGGCGGUGGUUCAAAGCACUGCGGCGAUGGACAAGUGGACGGACUCCCUGGGAGGACGCUGGGGGGCGCCUUACGAGGACACCUUCUUCUUCCGGGCGAAUAUCAUCGUCCCGGGAGCUCUGCAAAUGGAUGGUUGGUUUCAACACCAUCCCCUGACUGGGAGUUGGGCUGCUGGUCCGGUGCCGAACGUGAGCCGUCUGCCGCGAGUUGGCCACCGCCUGAAGAUCGUGCUGCCGAUCCCCACCACGCAGGUGCAGGUGCACGAGCACUUCAACGACCUCACGGGUGUGCUGAUCGCAUGGCUUGGGCGCCUCGCGUCGGGCGCCUUCAUCUUCUCGGUGCUCACGAUGAUGUUCCCCUCCGUGCGGGAGGAGAAGUUCCGGCUCUUCCUCCACCUGCCUUCGCUGGGUUUCGGCUGCCCGGAGACCGAACCCUUGCAGCCCUUGCAGCCCUGA